GCGGUGGACGAGCUCACAGUGCGCGGUGAUUUUGGGCGAGUUUUGGAGCGAUUCUUUGGCAUUGGCGAGAGGAUUCGUUCUUGAGCUGUGAUCCAAUCGAUUCAAUCGUCAAUCUCUUGUGAAUUUGGACAUGGGGCGGGCCAAGAUCGAGAUCAAGAAGAUCGAGAAUCGCAGCGCCCGCCAGGUUUGCUUCUCCAAGCGCCGCAUGGGUCUGAUCAAGAAGGCGAGCGAGCUGUCCAUCCUCUGUGGCUCCGAGGUGGGGAUCAUCGUCUUCUCGCAGGCGGGCAAGGCCUUCUCUUUCGGGCAUCCCUGCAUCGAUUACGUGAUCGACAAGACGCUCAAGCGGCCCGUGCAGGUGAAUUGCGAGAAGAUCGAGAGGAUCCGGCAGCUAGAGAAGCAGUACAACGAAUUGCUCCAGGAGCUGGAGAAUGAGAAUGAGAAGCACGCCAUCUUGCAGAGGGAGUUCGCGGGAGGAGGAGGAGGAGGGCGGGGAUUGCAGUGGUGGGAGGAGGAUGUGAGUGGCAUGGGAAUCGAGGAGCUCAAGCAGCAUGCCGAGUCGCUGGAAGCGAUGUACAGGGUUGUGAUUGAGCGCGCCAAGUUCUUGCAAGUCCAGGCAUCACUCGUGUCCUAUCAAUUGCCAUCACAUUUCUUAGGCGAUGAUAACUUCCAGCACGGACAAGAUCAAGAAAAGCAUGAGCUCUCACUACUAGUAGCCCCAAUUCCAGAUGAUUUGUGUGAGAAUGAGAAUGGCAAGAGAGUGUAAAUAGAGGAUUCUAGCAGAGCAUUUGGUGA